CAGCAACCCUUGCGAGUAGUCAGUGGAACCCGUGUAAUCAACAACGCUAAACCGAAACCCCGAUACUGGGCGGGAGAAACAGUGGCCGGGGGGCAGGUCGAGGAGGCAGCAGCCCCAAACAAAACAAACUCAGUAGCUAUAAGGCGGGAACAAAAACCUAUGCGUACGGACAUGUUCUAUGUUGCCUGCAGGUUUAAAAAUAUUUUGAAUAAGAUUUGGCGCUUGCUCCCAUGUAUAGUUUCAACAAGUCAAGAAUUUUUCAAAACAUACAGUAUACAGAGGAUAUGGCAUCCUGUUUUCUCAAAAACUCCAAAAGAAUCAAUGAAGAACCCAACGAAAUGGAACUCAUGAGCUUCAGAAUGCGAUCAUAUCCAAAGUGACACACUUUAGUGUAUGUUUCUUUAACUUCACCUCUCCCUGCAUCAUUGGGCUAUCACCUUGGCUUUGGGACUUGGGUUAAAACCCAACCGUUCAAAAUAUUUCGUUGGCGUGACUUCAAAAUUUCCGACAACUUCUAACCGACGAUGACCUGUUUCGUCAGCCGAAUGCUGGGUGUGGGUAGGUGUGCCCGUCAAGCGCUCAACCGGUGGCUCGGUCAUCUGGAUCACUGCUUGCUGGCGCUGGUCACGUUGGACCUGCUCUGUGUUGUCUGCCUGAUGCACUAUCAGCUAGCGCGGCACGGUCGGGAUCUUUUUUAUUGGCGCGACGAGCUGGACCGGCGACUAGUCGAUUAUCUACUGUCCGGGAUUGUCCUCAUAGGCUCUGUCAGUGUCCUGGGUUCCUGCGUAGACGCCAUUCUUUUCUCAGCUUUGAUCCGUCGUCAGAUGAGUCGCUACAACCUGCCGCGCCAGCACUUCGAGGAACGCUACCGGAGGUUCGUGUUCUUGCGUUUGGUGAAGCAACUGGAACAGGCCCUCAAAGUGCAGGCGCAGCAGGAGAAGAAUGAUACCGUGGGUGAGGGCCUCAAGCUUCAGCCCUUUGAACACCUGUCCAUGGCCCAGCAGCUGAUCCGGGAGGCGAUAGACGAGUUUCGCACCUCAGUCCGUGUCCUGUUGUGGCCCAAUCGGUCGGACCUGCAGGCGGAGCCCUUUGUCCUCUUCCACAUCAGCGAGGCCCAGCUAGUGGAACUGUCCAGUCUGGGCUACCGGCUGGGCGAUGUGGAGGGGCACGAUGUCGUCAAUACGCGUCUGAGUAACUUGCUAAAUCCACCCUGGUAUUAAAGUGUCCCAAGUCUAUAAAUUCGA